AUGAGUAAGGAUAGUGAUCCAGUAAGUUUGUGGUGGCUCUGUUAUGCGAAAAAUCUCAAAUUACGAUCUAAACCUCCCAUCUCAGUCAACCAUUACUCCUCCAUCGUACUCUGUGGUCGAGAACCGGGACGGCCAACUGGUGAACGCCUCGUUGAAGGUGGUGUGGCCGAAAAGACCGGCCAGGGGUCGGCAUUCCAUCCACGGCUACAUGCGACGUCGGAAUAAGGCCAAAGCGGAACGGCCGAAGAGCCAGGUGAGGAAAGCGGCGGAGAUUAAGAGCGAAUCUGACUGGACGUUCAGCGGGGAUGAAGACGAAAGCGAGAUCAACAUCCCGAUUGCUCCGGAAGUGGCCUCGAAAUUCAUCGGAAUUCAGCGUGCAUCUGUGAGCAUAUUUGUAAUCGAUUCUGUAAUCGUAUACGAUUUUUUGGGUUUUGAAAAUUGAUGAUUAUUGAAGAAGUUCGAAAAUUCCAGUAAAUCCGUCAUCAUGACAAGUUUUAAAACCAAAAAUUUUGGUUUCAAAUUGAUGAUAAUUGCAUGACACCCCUCUAAAUUGCCAAUAAAAAAAUUUUUGCUCAUUUUAAAUGACGUCAUAUUCAUUGAUAUUCCUUAGAUGACGGAUUUUCUGGAUUUUCAUCUUUAAUCCUUUUACAAUUUCUAAAUUGUCAUCGUUUAGCGUACUGCCAGCUUUCUUCGACCCACUCAGCUCGUCCUGUACUAUCGUCGUCCGGAGGCGUGCCACCGGAUCACGGACAUUCCCCUUUCGUAUCCGUUGAUGUGUGCGUAUAUGUCGUCGGGAGGGAAGAUUUACCACUACGAUAUCAAGAAGACCAGAAAUCGCGAUGGAAUGAAGAUGUGGCAAGUCCGUUCCAAGGAGAAGGACCUCCCAGAGCAACCGGCGUAAGUUUUGCAGUUGGCGACAUUUUAUACGAAAGGUGCUUUCAUGAAAAAAUGACGUCAUUUCCGCAAUAACAGAUAGGCUUUUGCGGGAUUUAUAUUACUGUAAUUCGAUUUCGCAACAAAAUAUUUUCAGAUUCUGUUCGUUGGAUGCAUUGUUGCGCUAUUACCAAACCUACACCAUAAUGUUCCGGGACAACGGCCAAGUCGAAAGCUUUCCCGUCCCGCGAUAG